AUGAGGUUCCUGUGGCCCCUGUUCUUCCCCCUGUGCCUCCCUGUCCUGCCCAGCACCGAGGCCAAACGCCAGAGCUCCGACGACAAGACGUCGCAGCUCCCACCACCACCGGCAGGCAAGAUGCCCAAGAACUCUGUCCCCAGCUCAGGAGGGUUCAUCACAAAGGUUGGCCAUAACUGUACUUGGGAUGCAUCUGGGGAGGGCGUGGUGAAUCUGCUGGUCAGCUGUAGCUCCGGGGAGCAGACCUACUGGUGCCGCUAUGCUGGACAGCCAGACUUGUGCCAAGCCUACAGUGACAAGAAGGCACAGGUCAGGCACUGGAAACAACUGGUGGGCAAGCUGAAGAAGAGGAGCAAUGCGUGCAAAGGGGAGAAGGUGCUGAAGACCCCCACCUGCAAGGCCCCCAUGGAGUCCCACAUGAAGCUUAAAGAGAAGGGCAAAGGCGGAGGAAAGAAGGAUCCAGUGCCCCUGGUUCCUGAAAUGGUAGAGAAGGAGGAGAAGAAAGAGGAUAGGAUUCCAUUGUUGGAGGAGAGGGAUUGGGAUGGGGAGGUGAACGACAUGGAGCCAGUGGAGAAUUACUGUGCCGAGGGAUGGCAUUCUGUCUGUUCUUUCUUUGUAAGGUUUUUUGAAGGUUAA